AUGGGAGACGUUGAUCACUUGGAUUCUUCUAAUUACACGGUUAUUAACGAUGGAAGUCUAAUUACACAGAGAUAUAACGGUGAGAAACCUUUUUGUGGCGAAAUAUUUACCGAAAAAAUAAAUAUUGAUGAAUAUCGUUGCGAUGUUUGUGGUAAAACAUUCGCAUCAGAUGAGGAAUUGUUCGCACACACAGGUUUACACAAAGCAGGGAAUAUAUAUCACUGUGAUAUUUGCGGGAAACCUUUUAUCUCUGAAAGCAAUUUAGGGAGACACAAACGUAGACACACGGGAGAAAAAUCGUUCCAUUGCAAAAUCUGCGGCAAAUCUUUCUUCCAGAAUUCCAACCUUGUUAUCCACGUACGUAGCCAUACAGGAGAGAAACCGUUUCACUGUGAAAUAUGCGAUAAGUCGUUUGUUGCUAAUGGUAACUUAACAGCACACAGGUUAAUUCACACGGGAGAAAAGCCUUACCAUUGCGAGGUGUGUGGUAAAUCUUUCAGUAAUAAUUCGAAUCUUAUUACCCACAUUCGUAGCCACACCGGGGAAAAGCCUUACCACUGUAAAACGUGUGGGAAAUUCUUUGUGUCUAACAGUGUCUUAACAAAGCAUAGACGAAUCCAUACAGGAGAAAAACCCUAUCGUUGCGAAGCUUGUGGAAAGUCAUUUAUCAAAAACGAUGAUUUAAGUAGACACAAAUUGAUCCACACGGGAGUGAAACGGUUUCGUUGCGAAAUCUGCGGUAAAUCUUUCACUCAGAAUUCUAGUCUUGUUAUCCAUAUACGGAGGCACACUGGCGAACGACCCUAUCGCUGUGAGAUGUGUGAGAAAUCGUUCGUCACUGGCGAUUAUUUGAACAGACACAAACGUAUACAUAGCAGAAGAAGUCUUUCGAUUGUGAAACGUGAGAAAUUCUCUUGCAACCUAAAGUUACAGUCCCCCACACAACACACAUAA